UCUCUCUCUCUCUCGAAGCUCUCGAAGCAACUACUACUACAUUGCUCUCUCUCUCUCUCACACACACACACACAAACACACGCGCAAAUGGUGCUCCUCUCCCCAUCGCCCCACCUCGCGCGCCACCUCUCCCUCGCGGCCUCUCGACACCUCUCACCAUGGUCGACCUCGCUCCCCCUUCCUCGCUCGCGGCCCCUCCUCCUCGUCCGUCGCCGCGUCCUCCACGUGCAAGCAAUUGCUACUCCAGCAGAAACUACUGUUGGGUUCGACGAGAUGGCUGCUGACACAAAGCGGAAGUAUUACAUGCUUGGCGGCAAAGGUGGUGUCGGCAAGACAAGCUGCGCAGCUUCCCUCGCCGUGAAGUUUGCAAACAACGGCCAUCCGACCCUUGUAGUCUCAACUGAUCCUGCUCAUUCUUUAAGUGAUUCCUUUGCACAGGAUUUGAGUGGAGGAACAUUGGUACCUGUUGAUGGACCAGAUUCUCCCCUAUUUGCACUUGAGAUAAAUCCCGAGAAGGCUAGGGAAGAGUUUCGAACCGCAAGCCAAAAAAGUGGUGGAACUGGGGUCAAAGAUAUCAUGGAUAGUAUGGGACUUGGAAUGCUAGUUGAGCAGCUAGGAGAACUAAAACUAGGAGAAUUGCUUGACACUCCUCCCCCUGGACUAGAUGAAGCUAUUGCAAUUUCGAAGGUUAUGCAAUUUGUUGAAGCACAAGAAUAUAGCAUGUUCACCCGUAUAAUUUUUGACACUGCUCCUACUGGGCAUACACUUCGGCUUUUGUCCUUGCCUGACUUCUUGGAUGCAUCUAUAGGCAAGAUUAUGACGCUGAAGAGGAAGUUGGCUUCAGCAACCUCGGCUAUUAAAUCAGUUUUUGGACAAGAAGAAACACAACCGGAUGCGUCUGACAAACUAGAGCAACUAAGGGAGAGGAUGGUCAAAGUGCGAGAGCUUUUCCGCGACACAGAAUUGACAGAAUUUAUUAUAGUGACAAUCCCAACGGUUAUGGCGAUCAGCGAGUCGUCGAGACUCCAUGCUUCCUUAAAGAAAGAGAAUGUGCCUGUGAAGAGGCUGAUUGUUAACCAAGUUUUACCACCAUCUGCAUCAGACUGCAAAUUUUGCGCAAUGAAAAGGAAGGAUCAAACGCGCGCCCUCGACAUGAUCCAGAACGAUCCCGAGCUUAUGGGCUUAAAGCGAAUCCAAGCACCGCUUGUCGAUGUCGAGAUCAGAGGUGUUCCGGCGCUCAGAUUUUUGGGCGAGAUUAUAUGGAAGUAGCCAUCUAGUAACGGUCGAAGCGCCACAAGAUUCAUACGACGGCUCAUCCGACGAUCUCGCUCUCUCGAAUGAUACCUCAUACGCCGUCAACUUCAUAAUACACGCCGCGAGUAAUUUGCUGUUUAUUUCGAAAGCACAAGAGCAGGGCUGCCAUGCUGAGACUAGUACAUGUUGCGAACGGUAAAACUGUUGACAGGCACACGAAAAUUAGAGCAAAUUUUCUCUUGAUGUCUUUCUUAUAUAAAAGACAAGAUAAUUUUGGUACUGAGGUUUUUUAUAUUUGUAUCUUUGAGUUGAUUUUUAUUUUCCUAUUUGAAAAUCAAUUACUUCUUAUUGUACUUA